CACGUUGGACAGCGGCUCCAUCCCGCACACCGCCCGCUGUGGAUCACGGAGCACAUUCCUGCUCAGCAGCUUGGAGUGGAGGCUGGAAAAACGGACUAGAAUAAAGAUGAUGGGGAGGAUUUUGGCUCCAUCCCGGAGAAAACCGGACCUGGGACCACCCGAACCGAGCAGAUCACAAACGGGACUUCUGUUGUGAAAUUUCUGCAGGGAUUCUGGAAAGGUGUGAAGGAAUCUCCUCUUCCCGUUUCGUGGCGCAGCGCAGGGAUGUUUGAUGGAAAAGUGGUAUUGCAAGUAAAAUUGAUUUAUUUAUAUAAAUAGUUCCCCAUCGCUUAUGUAAAAGAUAAGUUUGGGUCGAGAAGCUACUUCAGGAGGAGGAGGAGGAGGUGCGGGACAAAGAGCGUUCAUUCUGAGAGGAGACAACAAAGGAGCAGCCUGCUCCUCACCUCCUGGUUUCAUUUCCUCAGUGGCUAAAUGAUAAAUAAAAAAAACUCCUACAUGAGUCGGAUAUUUAAAGGAUUUCACUUCCACCUCCCUCAAUUUGGCUUUGAGGCUGAAAACACUGAGUAAAACCACUGACAGCUCCAGUUCUUUAUUUAAACCAGUAAAAGGACCAGUUUGGACCCAGUACCUCAGCUGCUGGACCCUUCCGACUUCACCCUUUGAUGGAUCAGUGUUUUUGGUUUUGAGCCUCCAUUGAAUCUGGUCAGAAAACGCCUCUGUGCAUAAAAAAAAAUAAUCCUUCCCCAUUGGUUGGACAGCAGUGCACAUGCUAUAACAACAGGAUAUGCAAAGAGCUGUGGGCUGAUCUAACAGCCUAUCAUGUUGCAGCAUGCUUUUCAACACCAUAGUUGUAUUUUUUAACAAGAUGUGAUCUGUGAGCUUGAAUGAAAAGGUGCAAGUGCACAAUGAUGAUGAUGAUGACGGUGAUGGCAAUUAUGGUGGUGAUGAUGUGGUGAAGAAGGAGCUAUCAGAGCCAAGGCUGGAGGCUUCUUUGUUCCCAGCUGUGUAGUAAAGCUGCUGAAGCAUGCUCAAGUAUCGGAUCCGGAUGUUUUUCAAUGAACUCAAGGUUCUGCUGCUGAUGCAUUCUGAUUCAAGCAGGAGGACAGACACAGACACACGGCCAAGCAUGAGAGGGUUCACCAUCGGAGGCUGUGGUUGGCCGCAGAUGAGAUGCUCUCGUCGGGAUGAUGAGGAGGAAUAUUAUGGGUCUGAACCUCGGCCGCGCAGUCUGGCUUUUGAGGAUAAAGAAACAUCCAAAGCCCAGGAAGGAUGUCUGGAUGCAGCAUCCCUACCAAGUCUCUCUGAGAGCGGGACGAGGACGCCGCAGUGCCGGAUCUGCUUCCAGGGCCCAGAAAAGGGGGAGCUGUUGAGCCCUUGUCGCUGUGAUGGCUCUGUUCGAUGCUCACACCAGUCCUGCCUGAUCCGCUGGAUCAGUGAGAGGGGUUCCUGGAGCUGUGAGCUCUGCUACUUCAAGUACCAGGUGUUGGCCAUCAGCACCAAAAACCCACUUCAGUGGCAGACCAUCUCCCUGACUGUCAUAGAGAAGGUGCAGAUUGCAGCCAUCAUCCUGGGCUCCCUGUUCCUUGUUGCCAGUAUUUCUUGGUUGGUGUGGUCGUCUCUCAGCCCCUCAGCCAAAUGGCAGCGGCAGGACCUUCUGUUUCAGAUUUGCUACAGCAUGUACGGGUUUAUGGACAUCGUUUGUAUAGGCCUUAUAAUCCACGAAGGAUCAUCUGUUUACCAGAUCUUUAAGCGCUGGCGGGCAGUGAACCAGCAGUGGAAAGUGCUGAAUUAUGAGAAAGCCAAGGAUUUAGGAGACGUCAACAGUUCCAGCGGAAAAGCCGCUGCUCAAGUUGAGAGGAACUUCUCUAACUCCGUCACAAACGGCAGCCGCAGAACGAGUCGGUACGUCAGGACUAUUCUCAACCACCACUGUGGCUACACCAUCCUGCACAUCCUCAGCCAGCUGAGGCCGUCCAGCCUGAGAGGCACCAACCAGGAGGUGGUGAUGAGAGUGACCACCGUUUGAAGCCUGGUCAGACACACUGAGUGCUACUGUCCUUGAAGAGGAUACAAAAGUGCUAAUACACACACACACACACACACACACACACACACACACACACACACACACACACACACACACACACACACACACACACACACACACACACACACGUGCCAUAUUAAAAGUGUCUGGAACUAUAGUUACACUCAUUUAGUUCGUGGAUCGUCCCUGAGCUAUGAGGAGCUACGUACUUCUGAGUGAGUGAAUGAUCAUUACAAUUGUAUUUAAAAUGUUCUGGGGAAAACUGUUAUUAUUAAUUUUAUCAUUAUUUUUAUCACCAUGACAAACAUUUCCAAAUGUAGCUGAGUGGUUUCUACUUCAUUUUUAUAUAAAAAUUGUCAUUAUAUCAACAUGAAAAAACUCAAAAAUGACAAUUAUUGUGUAGAUGUACUUCUCCUUUCCACCUCAUGGCAACCCCCCCCCCCCACACACACACACACACACACACACACACACACACUUACACAAGAGCACACUAUGAUCCGUCUUUUGAGAGCCUAAUAAUACGUUUUGAACAUAACAAAACUGCUAAAACACAUAAGAAUAUGAUUUAUAAUAAAGUGUGUGUUGAUUUAGAACA